AUAAUAAGAUAAAAAUUAAUUUCUGGUCCGAAAAAUCAAAAGUACAAAAAGUCCAAUCCUAGAUCCGACGACCAUAUAUUCCCGUCAACAACGGGAAUGCCUUCAUCCAACGGUUGAUAAUAAACGACCAUUUUAGACGCAUUGAUCUUUUCAUCUACGGUCCACAUCAAGUACAGGUGGUCCCCACCCCCUUCGCUUUUCCAACAUAUAAAUACACACAUCCCCGCAUUGAACUCGGUCCACUCUGAACAAUUCUAUAACUACUCUCUCUCUCUAAAAAGUAAAAACUUCUCUCUCUCUCUCUCACACACACACAAACACACACACUGCUUUUUUUUCCUCUUCCGAAAUUUGAAAAAUUGCGCACCUUUUUUUUGGCUUCUCCGCUUAAUCCUGCGCACCGCCGGAGAUGAAACCGGCAUCGGAGAACGUGAUAAGGAUAUCCAGGUACAGGAGGUUGUUCCACUAGUCGGAGGAAGGAAAGAUCAAGCGGCGGAGAAUGAAAUUAGACAGCCUCGAUCAGAAAAUGGACGGCCAGAAAAGCCAGGCGAAGCUUACUAGGAACCACUCGUCACUCCUCCGUUCGUCUCCGACCAUCCGCUCGUCAAUCCAGAGCUUAUCCUCCGUCAGCGAGAUCGCACCCGACGAAGAAACCGAAGACCUAGAGGAGCAGAAGCUCCACAGCAAACCGGUCUCCCGCCCGGUUCGAUUCGGUUCGCCGCAUCUGGCACCGGUCAUCGCAAUCCUCAUCCUAUCCGUCUACACUCUCUUCGCAUUUUUGAACCGGGACGAAAUUCCGGCCUCGGAGAACCUGCUUCUAGCUCUAAUUUUCGUCGCCGUUUUGCUAUUCUACCUAUCCAGAAACAAGGCUCUGGUGAGCAGGAAUUUUAACUCCUUGAAACAAAUUUGCGACGACUACGCCAAAAAAUUGGGGAUUUCCUGUUUCGCCUCCAAAUCGCACUCGAAACCGGUGCAAUGGUUCAUCGGCGAGUCGAAUCUGAGCAAAUCGGACACCACGGAGAGGAGCGUGAGGAAGAUUAUAAGAGAAGGCGUGGAGUUCUACAGCAAUGGCGAUUUCUACGAGGGCGAGUUCCACAAAGGCGCGUGCAACGGCAGCGGGGUGUAUAACUACUUCGUGAACGGUAGGUACGAAGGCGAUUGGAUCGAUGGGAGAUACGACGGUUACGGUAUCGAAAGCUGGUCCAGGGGGAGCAGAUACAGAGGGCAGUACAGGCAGGGUUUGAGGCAUGGCUAUGGUGUUUAUAAGUUCUACACAGGGGAUACAUAUUCUGGAGAAUGGUGUAAUGGGCAGAGUCAUGGUGUUGGUGUGCAGACUUGUGCCGAUAGAAGCUGUUACAUUGGGGAAUUCAAAUGCGGAGUUAAACACGGGCUCGGCUGUUACCAUUUCAGGAAUGGAGAUAGAUAUGCUGGGGAGUAUUUCGGUGAUCGAAUCCACGGUUUUGGUGUUUAUCACUUUGCGAACGGUCAUUAUUACGAAGGAUCUUGGCAUGAAGGACGUAAGCAAGGCUACGGGAUGUACACUUUCCGAAACGGAGAGUCCAAAUGUGGUGAAUGGGAUGAUGGCAAUAUCAAGACUCGUCUCCCUCCUUUGACCGAUUCAGUUCUUCGAGCAGUUCAGGCUGCUAGAAAAACGGCGGAAAAUGCGAUACACCUCCGGCGAGUGGACGAGCAAGUGAGCAAGGCGGUGGUGGCUGCAAACAGAGCCGCCACUGCCGCCAGAGUUGCUGCUGUGAAAGCAGUUCAGAAUCGGAUCGACGGGAAAAUUUGCCACACUAACUUCUGAGGCGAAAAGGGCGUAACCGUAAAUUCACCGCAUUUCGGUAACGAUAGAAUCGGACAGUCGUGGGACAACCCUGGUUAUUGCUGAAAGCACACCGGUGGUCGGUCGAGAGAGUAAUCUUGAUUUGGUUUGAAGUUUGAAACCAUUGUUGUAACUUGUACAUAUAGAUCAUGUAUACAUCUAGGGUGUGUAGAUAAAAAAACCCGAUCAACCUAACUCGUUGACUGCUUGACCGCUCGAAUCGAGCCCAUCUCUUCGGAGAAAUGAAAUAUGAUGAUCUCAAAAGUUUAAUAAAUAAUGGUAGUAGUUUAGUAGUAAUAUUGAGUUGGUCUGAAUUUUCAUUUACAUUUGGAGACUCAAUAUUCAAGAAGAGGUCACUUUUCUGAUCUAC